UUGGUUGGCUGAGUUGUAUCAUUGUAUUUCAUUUACGUAUAUACAGGACCCGAGGUGGUGGUGGUGGUUUUCGGGUCUCUUUCGUCCUAUUCGAAGCGGCGUUGGACAGCCGUCUCGCUCUGGCGGCCGCGCGCUUUCGGAAAGGACCAUCCACAAACCGCCCCUUUGGCUGAAUGUUGUUACUGCGGCUGUUAUUGGGCGAACGAGAUACAGCCAAGCGCCAAUGUAGCACACAGUAUCCGUGCGGGAAGAUGGAAAUUGUUAAAACAUUUUGAAUCAGUAGCAUAUGAAGGUUUGACCGGUUAUGACGUUUGCAGGGGAAGUAUCGUUUUUCGUUCGGGAGAAUAUCUGUCCAACUCAUUCGCGUGCUGUGGUCUAGACUAGGCGGUGCUCAAGUGGUUUCCAGGGCAACAGCAGAUCUUUACGUUGAGAUAAUGUUUCAAAUUGUUUCAAGUGGAACUACAAGUGCCGAUCGAUAGUUUGUGUCGAGCAAGAGAGAAGCUGAAGUGUUUUCCGGUGGUUUCGUGCAUAUCGAGGGUCAGGCGUGAAAAAGGAUCAUUAUUGAGUGUAACAGUUUGGAAAAUCUGCUGGUUUUAUCAGUUGUUGAAAAGCGCAAACAUUGUCGCUUCUUGGCCUGGAGAACAGUGCGGGCAAAAAGAUUGAAGCGAUACGAUUGGACCAGCGAAGUGUAGUGAAAAUGAGUUUGCCCAGUGGCGUUGAUAUGUCCAAUCUGAUGCAACAGCAUCCGGUUCUGGGGGCGCUGCCACCGGCAUUCUUUUUGCGGGCGGCGUCCGAACGAUAUCAGAGGACACCCAAAUGUGCGCGCUGUCGGAAUCAUGGUGUGGUAAGCGCCCUAAAGGGUCACAAGCGGUACUGCCGCUGGCGGGAUUGCGUCUGUGCGAAGUGUACUCUUAUCGCCGAGAGGCAACGGGUCAUGGCAGCUCAGGUGGCCCUCCGACGACAGCAGGCUCAGGAAGAAAAUGAAGUGCGCGAUUUAGGUCUGCUGUACACUGGUGGGGUUCAUGGGGUAGGGCAGCCAGUGUCCGAAUCCAAUGGGCAGCCUCCUCAGUUCCACACGGGGAUUCCUUCACCGCCAAAUGAUUCCGAUGGACGAGGGGGUUACGGAGCCUCAGAUGACACAGACAACCCUCGACUCCGGCCGGAGCGCAUAAACUCCGCCUAUUCGCCAGAGCAGAGCGAACCGGACAGCCCCGGAUCCAAACGGCAGCGACUGUCCACGGAAACGGACCACGACACCGGGUCCGAGUCAUCCCCCAGCAGUCCCCGGCUGAAAACGGGUUUGUUCUCCCUGCCGAUGAAGCUCUCUCCCACCCGCAAUGGACCGCCGAGUUCGCCCGAGUCCGAUCUGGACGUGGAUUCGGCACCGGAUGAUUCGGUGGCGCCGGAAAAUCUCAGCCUCAAAAAGGAUAGUACAACACAGAAAAGCUCCCCGGACCGGGGUGGGUCCCCGCCGAUGAGCAAUGGGCUCGGAAAUGGAACCGGAAGUGCCAUUAGUAGUUUGGGAUUCCUGCCGUACCAUCAACCGCCGCAGUAUCAGCACGGUUUGGGCGUGGCGGGGUCGCCAACGCCGUCGCGCUCACCGGUGGAUGUCUUGCUGAGAGUAUUUCCAAACCGCCGACGGACUGAAGUCGAACAGUUGCUACAGCGCUACAGAGGAGAUGUUGUACAGGCCAUGGAAGCGAUGCUCUGCGGAGAUGACGGUCUUCAUACCACAAUGAACAUCCCGACCCCUUCGCCACCCUUUUCGGUCAAAUCUGCCUUCUCCCCGUUGAUGCCUCCGGGAGCCUUCGGAGCUCCAGCCGUCAGUCGAGGAUACUCGUUCCUGCAGGCGCAAGCACACGCCAAACGGUUCCUGACCGCACCGUACAGUGGCACCGGCUAUUUGCCGACGGUGCUUCAGGACCCGGAGCAACAACAGCAGCAGCAGUCUGGUGAAGCCAACGGUAGUUCAGUGUCGGCAGCAGCAAAUGGUUCGUCAUCCUCAUCAACCAGUGGAGGUGCGAACUGCGGCGACGGACAGGAAUAAUAUACAUUUAUUAAUUUGUAAAAACUAUUGAAAGUUAGCUCUACAACAGUAACAAGGUAGCUGAAACACAUAUUAACAAAAAAACGUACUUUUUCCCUAUUGCGGAAUUGCAUUAAUUUUCAUCAGGGAACACAUUUCCUUGGCCAGUUAUGUACAGAUAUAGACGAUGAGAAGUGGUUAUCAGAGCAAUCAAAAUACGGCAAAAUGUUUCAAAUAAGGACCUUUAAAUACGUAAGUAAAUAGUUCAAUGAUGUAUUCAAGACAUAUAAAUUUGUACAUAGUUCACCGUUGAUUGUCAUUUUAGCACCUUUUAAGUGGGUUUAUUUUGAAUGUGAAAGAAACCAUUACCGAUUUUUUUUACGAAAUUUAUCACGCCAGAUAAAUUUUACCAAUUAUAUCAAUGAUGACUAAAAAGUAUAUAGCAAAUCUACAAACACAAAUCCAUGAACAGCUUAUCUCACACCCUCAAACGCCAGCUUGUUGAUAACAUGAAAUGUGAUAAAUUUUUUGAAUGCUCAUAAGUUAUGCAGUCCGAAGUCUUUGCAAGUUCACAACUCUCACAGAAAAGAAACAGUCUAACCCCAUAACUGCUUUGAGAUAGAAAUGCUUGAUGCUCGAUGUAAAGACAUACAUCCUAACAAGUCAAAAUUUGAAUGAAGUCUUCGGACAAAUCGAGCUGAUGAACAUUCGCCAAGUGAAUCGCAAAUUGUUUCUGUAUGUAUAUCAAACUAAUAAAACUGAACACAUUGAUCAAACGAGUCCCAGCAAAUUAAUCCGAGCGCCUCGAAAAUAGAAAUACUUCAAUGCUUACGGACGGUGUAGCCUUAAGACAUAUACUCUGAAAAGUGAAAUAAAGAAGGUGCCAUAAUCAUCC